ACUUCUCUGCAGUACACCAAACGACCAAAUCCCUAUAAAUACCUCCCGCCAAUCUAAACCUUUCAACAAAAGUUAGUUGCACAAACCUCUGAUAUUCUAAGUAACUAUAUAUGGAUAUGAUCAUAUCAGCACUGAUUGACGGAUUUGAGGAUGUUUUCCCACUCUCGGACGACACAUAUGCCGAAGAACUUCAGUUCCAAGAAGCCCUCGAGGCCUCCUUGAACCUGUCAACUACUCCUGACCAAUCCUCCUCGUCAAGACAUGAUUUGACAUCUACACCAGUCUGCAGAAUCUGCACAGAAGAGAAACAAAAAUCCGACAUGGUCCAACUUGAGGGCUGCCCUCACUCCUUCUGCUCCAUCUGCAUGGCCAAACACGUCGAGUACAAGCUCCAACAGAACAUCGCCGUCGUUUCUUGCCCUGCCGAGGAUUGCAACAACGUCAUACAGCCUACCGGCUCGUUAAGGCGUAUGAUGCCGACCGAUGUGAUUGCCCGGUGGGAGGAGGCGAUCACUGCUUCGAUGAUUCUUGAUUCCCAGAAGAUUCAUUGCCCUUACGAGGACUGCUCGGAGAUGCUGGUGAACGAUGGGGAGGAAGGGGUUGUGGUGAAGGAAUCGGAGUGUCCGAGCUGCCGGAGAUUGUUCUGUGCGCAGUGUAGGGUUCGUUGGCAUCAGGGUUUUGAUUGUGAAGAGUUUGGGAAGUUGAAUCGAAAGAGAAAGGAUAAGGAAAAGCUGAGGUUGCUGGCGAGAAAGAAUAAGUGGAAGGAGUGUCCUAAUUGUAAGGUGUUUGUGGACAAAACUGAAGGCUGUAUACACAUUACUUGCAGAUGUAAAUUUGAGUUCUGCUAUAAAUGUGGGUCGAGGUGGAAUGAGAGGCACUGGAAGACUUGCCAGGAAUAGUACUUGAUUUAUAUGUAAAAUAGAUUUGUUCGAAUUUUUUAUGGAAAAAAAUUUAAUUUUAGUGGUGUAAGUAUGGUAUUGGUGAUGAUUUUAGUAUUGUUGAAAUCAAAUUACGCCAUUUGAUCUUGUAAUUUAAAAGGAAAAAAUGAGUGCUCUAUUUAAUUAGGUCAUAUGCAAACCACAUGUAAUUUGGACAGAAAGAAUUCUCAAAUCAUAA